AUGACGGUACUGAAUCGAUUCUAUAUUCCUUUCUUGUGCGUGGGACUGGUAGUCAGCGGAGGCUUGAACUCGCUGCUCACCAAGUUUCAAGAUAACCAGUGUGUUCGAAACUGUGAUGGAAGUUCACCAGUGUUUUUCAACCAGCCCAUUUUCCAAACUUUGCAGAUGUUUGUUGGUGAGAUGACGGUGCUCCUGGUGUUUUGGAGCCGCAAGAGCAAAACUGGACCUGUUGAUGCAGGCAUCGACAACAAGCCAGUGGUCAAGGGCAAGCAGCACCUGCUUUUAGCGAUCCCUGCAGCUUGUGAUAUUAUUGCAUCGACACUGCUGAAUCUGUCAUUAGUGAUGAUCCCGGUCUCGAUUUACCAAAUGACAAGAGGUGCCAUUGUGUUUUUCGUAGCACUCUUCAGUGUUGUAUUUCUAGGUCGUAAGGUUACACGUCUGGAAUGGACAUCACUGGCUGUGAUUGUUUUGGGAGUUGCAGUUGUUGGAUACAGCGGUCAAAAUAACGCUUUACAGACAGAAAAAAGCUCUUCACCGGAACACGCCACAGAAUCCUUGUUUCUGGGCGUAUCCUUCAUAGUGUUGGGUCUGGUGUUCAUGGCGUUCCAAUUCAUUUCGGAAGAACACAUUUUGACGAGGUGGCAAGUUGUACCAUUGGGUCUUGUAGGAUUCGAGGGUCUUUUCGGUUCAUUGAUUACGUUCAGCGUUCUCCUUUUUGGCCACAUUGUUUACGGCCAUGCCAAUACCGACUCCAUCCUCAAUUUGGGCCAAGCGUUCAAGGAUACGGUUUCGAAUGGCAACGUCUUGAUAUCGUCCCUACUCAUUAUGGCCUCCAUUGCCUGUUUCAACUGUUUCGGAACCUCUAUCACAAAGCAUGUGAGUGCCACGUCAAGAAGUACUGUGGACACUUGCAGAACCCUGCUUGUAUGGCUUGCGUCUUUAACGCUAGGUUGGGAAUCUUUCAAAGUGUUGCAGCUAUUCGGCUUUUUCCUUCUAGUUGUCGGGACCCUAGUUUUCAAUGGAGCCGUUGAGAUUCCAGAAAGGUACUUGCCGCAGUAUCUACUGCAAGACAAGAACGCUGAGUACAAACGACUUAUUGACACAGUGGAUGAGGAAGUGGAAAGGUUUUAA